CCUCAUCAUCCAUCCCUUUAUCUUUUUCAAUUCAUCCAGAUCCAUCUUCCACCUUUCUUCAAAAUCCAAACCCUAAAUCCUCCAACACAUGGAAAGCGACGACGAUUUCGACUCCUUUUCCUUCAAUAACACCGAGCCUUCACCUUCACCAAAGCACCGAAGACUCAAACGCCUCAAGAAAUCCACAGAUGUUACUGUUCAAUCAACAACGGUUGAAUCGGUCAACAAACUCACUGAGUUGCCACCAGUCGAUUUCGCCAGAUUAGAAGCCCUAGAAUCGUCAGAUAUCCGAGCAUUUGAUGACGAUAAUCAUGAUGAUGGUUUAAUUGAGCCGCCGUCUGAGCGUUUUGACGGUAUAGGUAACGGUAACUGUGCCGGUAACGGUAGCGGAUCCGGUGACGGUGACGGUAACGGUGAUGAAAAGGAAUUGAGCCCUAGGUUUGAUGACGGUGACGGUGAGGGUGACGAUUUGAAGGUGAAGGAGUUGAGAUCUUGUUAUGAUGUUGCAAAGGAAGAUCUGCAAACUGAAGAAGUUGCAGAUGAUGACGACGUGGAAAAGGAGUUAGGUAACUGUGAUGGUGAUGCGGUUGUGCGUACAGAUCGGAAGGAAACAAAGAGGCAAUUGGAUUUUGAUGACGAUGAUGACGUAGGUACGGAAAUUAGGGCAGAUGAGAAGAAGGAAGGUGAGGAAGAUGUGGAUAUGGAAGUUAGGGGAGAUGAUGCGAAGGAAGGUGAUGAGAAGGAAGGUGAUGAAGAUGUGAAGAAUGAGAAGAAAGGGAAGAAAAAGAGGCGUAAGAGUUCCGGUGAUGAUGAUGAGCCGAAAGUGAAAGCUUCGUAUACUAGCAAAAGAAGGGAAGAGAAGGAAAGAAGAGCUCAUCUUGAUCAACUUCAUGUUGAAUCUCAGAGAAUUUUAAGAGAGACUAGAGGUGUUUCAUUUAAGCCGGUGCCACCAGUUCAAAAGCCCAUAUCAUCCAUUUUAGAAAGAAUAAGACAAAGGAAGCUCGAGGUGUCAAAAAAGUUUUUCCAGUCAAACACCAAUGAUUCUCACAAGGAAGACGAUGAACAUGUCGUGAUAGAUCACCCCAAGAGUGUAGAAACAGAAACUAGUGAUUUACCAGAAUCUGUGAAAGAGGAGAAAGUCUCAAAUGUUGCGAACGUAGAUCCUGUAUCAGAUGAUGUCGGUUUGGAUGAACUUGAUGUAUGUGGAGAACAGAAAGGUGAUGUCAAUACUUGUUUACAGAAGGAGUUGGAUGUGGAGUCUACACCUGCUUUACGUGCUCCAGUUGACGAUACUCAGGAACUCUUUGGCGACUCACAAACAAGUGAUGCUAAAGAAUCUGAAAACGAUGAAUCCAGUGAGAGUGAUUCUAGUUCUCAGGAAGAAGAAAUGGGACCUUCUUUGCUAACUAUGAAGUUAAAGUUUGAUUCUGCUCCUGACGAUAUCUGUGACGAAGAAGAAAAUGAUAAAGAGAAUGUUGACCCGCAUGGUCAAGAACACUCGUCUCCAAGAGGGGAUCCCGCAAAAGCGUUUGUUGAUGACGAGGCUGAGGAAGAAGAUGAUAGUGACAAUGAUCAUAUGGUGUUUGGAGAUGACGAAGAAGCCGAAGAAGAAGAUGACAUUGAGGAACUCAAUAAGAUGAUAGCAACUGGUUAUAAAGAAAGACCGAUCGAUUUAGAAGCUCGCAAUGAACUACAUCAAAAAUGGCUUGAAGAAAAAGAUGACGCGGGAACUGAUGCUAUUUUGAGACGAUUUAACGUUGAUUCUAAACUUAGAGAAGCAUCUUUACUUGAUGAGGAGGAUGUAGAAAUGAAUGACAAUGAUAGUGAUGAUGAUAAUGACGACGAUGAUGAGAAUGAGAAUGAGAAUGAUGUUGAUGAAGCUGUAGAACGACCGCGUGUUCGGAUUAAUGCGAAAAAGGCAAAAGAAAUGAUUGCUCAAAUGUUUACAGAUAAAGAUGAUGAAUACGUCUCAUCUGAUGAUGAAGAAACAGAAAAGAUGCUUGUUAGAGAGCGCCUGCUGAACAAAGAUAAAGAAAAAGUCAGAUUUGUGUCAUUGAUCGAAGACGAGGAUUCAAGAGAAGUUUUCGGUCUUAUAAAGAAGGUAAACACAGUUCCUGAGGGCCGGAAGAAGGCGACUGCAUCAUCAUUCUUUGAUACAAUGCUUACUGGAGGGAAUAGCAACAGCUCUUCUAGGUCAUCUUUCUUGAGUCGAAUGUCGAAAAAUUCUGUCCCGGUUUCUUCUAAGCAAGGGGGAUCAAGCGGGGUCCGGUCUUUUAUAUUCGGAAGAGAUGACAGCAAUAGCCGAAGUUCACUCUCAGUUUCAGAGGACAUGCCAGAUACAACUACAUCCAGCGAAAUGCAAACAAAAAGGGUUACAGUUAAGUACAAAAGCUCACAGUCACAAGGCGGAUCAAGUACCCAAACGACAAACCUUGUUUCUGAAAGCAGUAGCACUUCGUUCUUUGAGAUAUUGAAGCGGUCUUCAGCGCAACCCAACGUUCAUAAACACGAUCAUAAAGUUGAACUUAGUCAAUCUGUUUUUGAUGCUUUUAAGAUCCCUAAGAAGCCUAUAAAGAUCCAAGGAAGGGUAUAAUAUCAUUACAUUUUGAAUUGUUUAUCUAGAUGUUAAUUAUAAUCAUACAAGAACAUGGCAAAUAAGGUCAGCUGGUUUGUUUACUGGUGUUCUUAUGAUUUGGAAGUGUAGAAUUAAUUACUAUGUUAGAUGUGAGUUUAGUUAUUUGAGUUUGAUAUUUGUUAUAAUAUUUAUGCAACAAGAUAGUUUCCUUAGA